AUGGCACCAAUUGUAAUGAUUAAAAAAGUUGGCGCAAAACAAAUGGUCGACAAUAAGAGUUUGCCAAAGACUAAGACCGUUUGGGGUCUGACUGUCGAAGAGAUCGAGUUCUGUGCCAUUGGUUUUAUGUUGUUGUCGUUUGUGGUUUUGAUCAUCGGUUUCCUGUAUGUACUGCUAAACAUCAGUCGCUAUAUGAAAGUAAUGGGCCGUUUAUCGCAGCUAUGGAUACCCAUACCGUUGUUUGUCUGGUCGUUCAUACCGUCCGGUGUCGGUAUUUACGGCAUAUGCUCUGAAAACCUGAUCCUAUUGAUGGUAUUCAUUGGACUCGACAUCAUCUCAUUGUCUCUCUAUCUGUGGAUUACCAUUGCUGUCGACUUUAUGAGAAUUGGUGCGACAAUAAUUUUCUUAGUACUGGCCAUACAAUUACUACUAUCGGUACUAUUUCUACAUAAUCUAUGGCUUCACAAACAAUUGUUUAAGAAAGUAUUAGACAAACUACCGAAACAACAGUCGGCCAAUGAUUUGAUUAUGGGAUCAAGUAUUGUGUUGGCAAACAUUGAAUCGGACAUCAAUAAUAAGGAUGAAACAAAAUUAACAAUAAUACCAUUGACACCAACCAAUCAAAACGAUAGUAUUGAUGAUAACCAGAAAAUUAGAAAAUCCAAUGACAAAGACAUGAAAGAUGGUAAUAGUGGUGAUAAUAAACCAUUGAUGAAAAUCAAUGAAACAAACAAAUAA